AGGCUUUGGGCAUGCCUUCCAGCUUCAGAAUACCACACAGGAUCUUCCUUCCUUCCUUGCUUCCCCACUCCUUGUCCCUCUUUCCUUGCUCCUUCCCUCCUGUUUGCUUCUUAAGGCAGUGAAGCUAUCAUGAACCGGUUGUCAGCUGAUCAGAUAUCUGAGUUCCAAGAGGCCUUCUGCCUCUUCGACAAGGAUGGAGAUGGCUGCAUUACACUGGAGGAACUGGCCACUGUCAUCCGAUCGUUGGGUCAGUACCCGACUGAAGAAGAGCUGAAAGAUAUGAUCAGGGAGGUCGAUAUCAAUGGCAAUGGCACCAUAGAGUUUACAGAGUUUUUGAAUCUAAUGGCUAGAAAGAUGAAGGAGAGUGAUGCUGAGGAGGAACUAAGAGAAGCCUUCAAAGUUUUUGACAAAGACCAAAAUGGGUACAUCUCAGCCACUGAGCUGAGGAAUGUGAUGAUCAAUCUUGGGGAGAAAAUGACAGAUGAAGAGGUUCUUCAAAUGAUCAAGGAAGCCGACACUGAUGGUGAUGGACAAGUGAACUUUGAGGAGUUCUCCCGGAUGAUGAUGGCUGUCUGAACCUAAGAUGCAUAGAAACAUCAAAGCUUUGUGCCACAGGACUCUGCAAAUUGUCAAUACAUCUAUGUACAAUAAUUAUUUGUUCAUUACUUUUAACACUGUUGCCAAUUUUUUGUUGGUUAAACAUCAAAAUAUUUUCUUUGAAUGCUACAUCAGUAUAUAUCAAGCAUGUAAGUUAAUUCCUCUUCUGUCUCCAUGUCAGAGAUGACAUGCAACCUAGAAAGAAUAAGCUCAAUGUUAAGCUGAGUUUUUGCUUGGUCUUUAUUA